UAUAUGAUAAUAAAAAACAAGGAAUGAAGAUGACCAACAUGAUUCCUGCCCAGAUAGGUAUGGCAAAGGAGAUCAUCCAUUGUCAACAUGACAGUCUUAACCAGCACAGCGGACAUGACAGCCGUGACCCACACAGCAGACAUGACAACCAUGACCCACACAGCAGACAUGACAGCAAUGACCCACACAGCAUUAGCCAUGACCCACACAGCAGACAUGACAGCCAUGGCGCACACAGCAGACAUGACAGCCAUGACCCACACAGCAGACAUGACAGCCGUGACCCACACAGCAGACAUGACAACCAUGACCCACACAGCAGACAUGACAACCAUGACCCACACAGCAUUAGCCAUGACCCACACAGCAGACAUGACAGCCAUGGCGCACACAGCAGACAUGACAGCCAUGACCCACACAGCAGACAUGACAACCAUGACCCACACAGCAGACAUGACAACCAUGACCCACACAGCAGACAUGACAACCAUAACCCACACAGCAUUAGCCAUGACCCACACAGCAGACAUGACAACCAUGACCCACACAGCAGACAUGACAACCAUGACCCACACAACAGACAUGACAACCAUGACCCACACAGCAGACAUGACAACCAUGACCCACACAGCAGACAUGACAACCAUGACCCACACAGCAUACAUGACAGCAAUGACCCACACAGCAUUAGCCAUGACCCACACAGCAGACAUGACAACCAUGACCCACACAGCAGACAUGACAACAAUGACCCACACAGCAUACAUGACAGCAAUGACCCACACAGCAUACAUGACAGCCAUGGCCCACACAGCAGACAUGACAGCCAUGGCGCACACAGCAGACAUGACAGCCGUGACCCACACAGCAGACAUGACAGCCGUGACCCACACAACAGACAUGACAGCUGUGACCCACACAGCAGACAUGACAGCCGUGACCCACACAGCAGACAUGACAGCCAUGGCGCACACAGCAGACAUGACAGCCAUGACCCACACAGCAGACAUGACAGCCAUGGCGCACACAGCAGACAUGACAGCCGUGACCCACACAGCAGACAUGACAGCCAUGACCCACACAGCAGACAUGACAGCCAUGACCCACACAGCAGACAUGACAGCCAUGGCGCACACAGCAGACAUGACAGCCAUGACCCACACAGCAGACAUGACACCCGUGACCCACACAGCAGACAUGACAGCCAUGACCCACACAGCAGACAUGACAGCCAUGACCCACACAACAAGCAUGACAGCUGCGACCAAAAAAACACACAUGACAGCUGUGACCGGCACAAGAGACAUGAUAGCCAUGACCAACAAAGCAGACAAAACAGCUUUGACCGACACAGCAGACAUGACAGCCUUGACAGGAACAGCAGACAUGACAGUCGUGACCGUCACAGCAGACAUGACAGCCUUGACAGAAACAGCAGACAUGACAGUCGUGACCGUCACAGCAGACAUGACAGCUGUGACCAACACAGCAGACAUGACAGUUGUGACCAACACAGCAGACAUGACAGCUGUGACCGUCACAGCAGACAUGACAGCUGUGACCGACACAGCAGACAUGACAGCUGUGACCGUCACAGCAGACGUGACAGCCAUGACCGUCACAGCAGACGUGGCAGCUUUGACCGACACAGCAGACAUGGCAGCCUUGACCGACACAGCAGACAUGACAGCCUUGACCGACACAGCAGACAUGACAGCCGUGACCGACACAGCAGACAUGGCAGCCGUGACUGACACAGCAGACAUGACAGCCGUGACUGACACAGGAGACAUGACAGCCGUGACUGACACAGCAGACAUGACAGCCGUGACUGACACAGGAGACAUGACAGCCGUAACUGACACAGCAGACAUGACAGCCGUGACUGACACAGCAGACAUGACAGCCUUGACUGACACAGGAGACAUGACAGCCUUGACUGACACAGCAGACAUGACAGCCUUAACUGACACAGGAGACAUGACAGCCGUGACUGACACAGCAGACAUGACAACCGUGACUGACACAGGAGACAUGACAGCCGUGACUGACACAGCAGACAUGACAGCCGUGACUGACACAGGAGACAUGACAGCCGUGACUGACACAGGAGACAUGACAGCCGUGACUGACACAGGAGACAUGACAACCGUGACUGACACAGGAGACAUGACAGCCGUGACUGACACAGGAGACAUGACAGCCGUGACUGACACAGCAGACAUGACAGCCGUGACAGAAAUAGCAGACAUGACAGUCGUGACCAACACAGCAGACAUGACAUGCAUCACCAAUGUGGAAGUGAGUGCAGCCAAAAUGUGUCUGGUGAAGACUGACUGGGUCAAAACCUUUAAACCCAGGAGCAGAGCAGCAGGAUGUAUUCCCUUUGGGAGAAGCUAAAUUCCAGAGGCGUGUUAUUCAUCUUUUGCUGGAUAUGAGGCAUUUAGUGCAUAUUCUGACUGAUUCUACAGCAAGUGAUGCUGACAAGAUAAUUCAACGGAUGGAGUCUCUGGAGGAAGCACACGUGUUGGAGGUGAAUUAGCAACGCCCUCUGUUUUCAGAGAAAUGACUGAAAGAUGUGUCAGCAUAGGUGGCAUUCAUAUGAAGGAUAUGGUAUCAAAGCUAAUAUGCAGCUUUUUGACAAAGAAAUUAAUGUGUCAGUGCAACAUGCAUGGUCAGCGGGGCAAAGUGACUUUUAAAAAAUACAAGAUUGUGCAAUGUCAUUAGAGACAGUGCAUGUGCAGAAAAGAUUUAGAGAUGCCAGUCUGACAGAAGUAUAAAUGAUAAUUGCAGCAAAACUAUGUAAUGCCCCCAGAAUUAAAGAAACUGGAAUUUAAUUCAUGUUGAAAUUACUGAACAUUAGGAUAGUUAAAUGUCUGUCAUGUCCGGCACUCCUACAGAAUCUUGGUCCCGCCUGGUUCGUGGGCCAAAGUUGCCAGUUAUGGAUUUUCUGCUGCAGUGUUACCACACUGGGCGAGCGAACCAUCCUGGCAGCGCUCCCCAGCGUAGGAAUGCACAUACACACAAUGCCAGAGAAGACCGCAGGGUGGAAUACAAAUACUUUGAAGUGCCGCGUGUGUGGUAUAGUCUUCCCUCCCUCCUCUUAUUUAAUGCAACAUCUCUGGCCAACAAGAUGGACGAGUUGACUGUGACGGUGAGUUCUACUUGUGCGGACAUUGUGGCGGUUACUGAGGCGUGGCAGAUUGUUCCUGAGGUGUGCACGAUGCAGGACUACCAGCUCUACCAUCACCUCAGGUCAGGACGCAGGGGGGAGGGGGGAAUGGCCGUUUUCUGCCGCUAUGCCCUCAGCCCCUCACACCUCCCUGUCGAUAUUCCUGCCGGUGUGGAGGCCCUGUGGGUGAGAGUUACGCCACCCCCCCCCCCAUUCCAGCAACACGGCCUCCAUCAUCGUGUGCGUCCUGUACCACCCCCCACGAGCUGCCACAGCACAGUUACUCACCGCUCACAUCAUCGACACUGCUGAUGCCCUGAGAGUGAGGUAUCCUGCCGCCAAACUGGUCAUCUGUGGGGACUUUAAACAGAUUAGAUAUCAACGAUAUUCUACACCAGCUACACCUCACCCAGGUCGUGAACUUCCCCACCCUCCAGCAAGCCAUCCUCGACUUUAUACUGACAGACCUGGGGCAGCAGUACUCGCCCCCCAAGCCGCUGCUUCCCAUCGGACGGAGCACCCACCUCUCCAUACUGUGGACACCCACACCCACCACCUCGACCCCCCAGUCAGCUGUCACCAGGACCCACCGCCCCAUGCCUGACUCAGCCAUGAGGGCGUUUGGGCAGUGGGUGACGCAACACCCGUGGACCGAGGUGCUGGAUGUGGAGGACGUCCACUUAAAAUGGCAAAAUUACGUCGUCACCACCACAGAAGCCUUCCACCGCUACUUCCCAACUAAGAGCGUCACGGCGCACCCGUCUGAUGCCCCCUGGAUGACGCCCGGCAUUAAAAAGACUCAUGCGUCAGCGGACCUGGGCGUUUCACUCCUGCCCGGUCCUUUACAGGAAACUAAGAAACAGAGUGAUCAGGGAGAUUAAGGCUGCAAAGGCAAGCUAUUACCCAGACAAGAUACACCACCUCAAGCUGACCAACAACAGACAGUGGUACGCUAAGAUCAAAGCUUUUUGCAGCUUACAAAAGCACACUUCAUCUCUUCCUUGCACCUCACACCUUCCUGCUAAUCUCGCGUCUCAGAAGAUGAACGAUCACUUUGCUGCUAUCUGUCAAACUUUUCCUCCCCUCCACACCACUCCGCUUCCUGCCUAUCUUCCCGCUCCCUUCCCUCUCCCCAUUGUCCAGGAGGUGGAUGUUUUUUAAGAGAAUACUCAAAUUCAAACCAAGAUCCACCACACCCACUGACCUUCCUAUAAAAAUUUACAAGGAAUUUGCUGUAGAGCUAGCAACACCGCUAUGCUCUAUAAUAAACGCCUCACUCUCCCAUCACUCUUGCCCCACGGACUGCAAGACAUCUUACGUCACCCCCAUUCCCAAAACUUCCAGUCCACAGUCACUCAGUGACCUCAGGCCAGUCUCUAUCACCCCCAUCCCUAGCCUUAUUUGUAAAGAUUUUGUGUAUGACUGGGCGUACACCAAAAUUUGUAAUACCGUGGACAUCAGACAUUUUGGAAAUAUUAAAGCCACCUCCACCUCCCAUUACCUGACCAGCUUCCUUGAAUUCAUCCACAGCCACCUGGACAAGCGAAACACCUCUCUAGCUGUUGCUUUUGUGGAAUUCAAAAAGCCUUUGAUCUUGUUGAUCACACUGUUGUCAUCAGCAAGGCAGUAAGUCUGGGUCUCCCUCCUAACCUGGUAGCGUGGCUAGCUGACUUCCUCACAGGGAGGCGUAAGGCCGUUCGCUAUCAGGGCUCUGUCUCUAAUUUCCAACAGCUUACAUGUGGGGUCCCCCAGGGGACCAAGAUGAGUCCUCUAUGCUUCCUCCUUCUCAUUAACGACACCCUCACUGACACCCCCCAUCGCUGGAAGUAUGUGGACAACUGCACCAUGGGCGUCCCAGUAUCCACCAAGAACCCGGACUAAUCGCCACUGCAAGCAAUUCUGGAGCGACUGCAGACGUGGACGGAGGAGAGUAGGAUGACCAUCAACCACAGCAAAAUUGUGGUGAUGCAUUUCUGUACCUCCUCUGUACCAGUGCCCCCUCCCCAGCUCACAGUGGACCCUCACCCCCUCCAGGUGGUCCGAUGUGCCAAGCUUCUCGGAGUCACAGUGGACGACCAGCUGACCUGGAAGCAGCAUGUCGCCAGCACCGUAAGAUCAGCUACCUACAGGCUGUACAUGCUGCGCAGACUCAGGUCGCUGGGGACGCUGACAGAUGAGUUAAGGGGGAUGUACCUCACCUUCAUCCUCCCCAAACUCAUGUACGCCUCCCCAGCGUGGUCCUCCUCCCUCACACAUACUCAACAGCUACAGCUAGAGAGUGUGCAGAAAAGGGCGUGCAGGGUCAUCCUUGGCCCUGCAUACACCACCUAUGAAGAAGCCCUGACCACCCUGAGUCUGUACAGACUAUCCACCAGGCACUGAGAGGCUCUGGAGAAGUUUGGAAGGGGACUACUGCAUCAUCCACGUCUCAGAAAUAUGCUGCCGCCUGACGCGCCUCGCCCGGUCCGUGCCCCCAGACACCACAACAAGAUAACGCCCCUAAAGGCGCCGCGCACGGACCGGUACAGACUCAGUGCGAUUCCCACCAUGGUGCGAGCCAUCAAUCAAUAGUCCCUUCUAGAUUAGACUUACCUUUAGGAUUAAUGAUAAGUAUUUCCCCACCCCUUAUGUAUAUUUUCAAUUUGUUAACUGCCUAAAUAAUAAACCGUUUAUUAUUAUUAUUAUUAUUAUUAUUAUUAUUAUUAUUAUUAUUAUUAUUAUUAUAAUGCUCACCUCUCAAUGUAAAAGUGGUCCAACACCUGAAUAACACCUGAUUAACAC